AUGAGAAUACUACUAUUUGGUGAUGAAAAUUUCAGUUUUUGUAAUGGAUUUUUAGUAGAUCAUGAAGAUGAUAUUGUUGAAAUAUGUAGUUGUUUAAAAGAAAAUGAAUUAAAACAAGAAAGUAAAAAUAAUAUUCAAUCCUUAAAUAAAAAUGUUGUAAUUCAUUAUGGUAUAAAUCCAGUUCAAUUAAAAUCAAAAUUUCCUCCGAAUACUUUUGAUGCUUUAUAUUAUAUUUUACCUGGAUUAUCAUUUCAUGGAUAUCCAGAUUUUAUUGAUCCUCAAACGGAAAUGUUUAAAUUACGUUUAAAUUUAUUUUGUUUUAGUUUUUUAAAAAGCAGUAAAAAUAUAAUAAAAAAUGAUGGUUAUGUUUAUUUGUUAUUCCCAGCAGAAACAGGAAGCGAUUUUUCUGCAAAUAAUAAUGAUAAUGAUAAUAAUAUGUCUACUACUGCUACUGCUGCUGCUAAUAAGACAACGAAUUUACCAUUUUUAUCAAUAGAACCGAAAAAAUUAGCAAAAUUUUGUAAUGUUUUAAGAGAAAAUAGUAAGGAUUAUAAUUUAAAUUUAUCUGCUCAUCCUAAUUGGAUACCUGUUUUGUUUAAUAUGCCUAUUGUAAAUGAGAUACCAGAAUGGUUAAAAAAUUGUAAAUAUUAUUGUUUUAAGAUGACAGAAACGGAUUAUAAAAAUAAAAUGUAUAAAAGUAAUUCUAUCAAUGACGAAAAUAAUAAUAAUAAUAAUAAUAAUAAUACACAAAAUGAUGGUGAACAAGAAGAAAACAAUACAAAUAACAAUGAAAAUGAAGAAAAUAAAGAAAAAGAAGAUCCAGAUGAAUAUAAUGUUUUGAAAAUUCCUCCUCAAGUUUUUGAUUAUCCAAUUGAAAAAUUAGGUCAUGUAAAUGAAUGUUUUUUAUUUAAACUUUAUUCAAUUAACAGUAAAAGUGUAUUGAUAUCCAGAUUAACAUUAAAAUAUGAUCCUAGAAUUUCAGGAUGGAAAGGAGAUAAUAAAAUGAAAAAAGAUAUGAUGAACAACAUCCCAAUGAACAAUAUGCCUAUGAAUAUGCCAAUGAAUAUGCCUAUGAACAUGAAUAAUAUGAAUAUGAUGAAAAAUGUGAAUAAUAUAAUGAAUAUAAAUAAAUUUAAAGGAGGAAAAUAUAAAAAUAAGGUAACUAAAAAUGAAUUUCAACAACCAUAUAAAAAUAACAUGAUUCAAAAUAAUAUGAAUUAUUCUUUAAAUAAGAAGGGAAAUAUGAAUUUACCACCACCACCACCAACAAAUAUUAGUAUGCAACCAAAUAAUGUAAAUAUUCCAAAUCAAAAUAUAAAUUAUAAGCAAAACAACUUCCCUUUUGUUAAUAACUUUAAAACUAUACCCAAUAAUUUAUCUCAAAAUGUUCAGAAUAGCAUGACCAAUAUGCCUAUCAAUGUUAAUCCCAAUAUAUCAAGUAAUAUGAUUAAUCCAUACAUGAAUGGAGGAUAUAAUAAUAAUUUCAGAAGUAAUAUGUAUCAACAAAAUAUUCCGCUACCACCACCAAUUAAUAGUUUUAAUAAAAAAAUUUAUCAAGGGCACAAUAUUAAUGUAAAAAGGAAAAAUGAUUUAUAUAAUUGUGAUAAUAUGGAGAAAAAUUAUGAUAAUUAUAAUAUGAAGGAUAACUAUAAAUCGGAUGAUGAUAACAAUAUGAACAAAGUCAAUAUAUGUAACGAUGAUUAUGAUUUAGACCAAUGUGAUAACAUAACAAAUCAAAAAAAUAUUCAGAACAAAAACACAGAAGAUCCAGAUUAUUACUUUAUAAAACAGAGGGCUAGAGAAUCUAAUCAGUAUGGCACAUACUGA